AUGGGCUGCCACACCCGCCUACUUUGGCUGCUGCUCUUCCAUGGUGUGAUUCUCCCUGAAGCAGCUUGCUACAGGAGGGACAUCGGAGGACCCGGAGCAAAUCUGGGAAAGGGGAGACCUCAGAGAAGCCCCUUUCAAGGCAUGUCUGAGGAACAGCAGGAAGACUGGCUUCCUGCGCAGCUCGUGGAAGGUCCUAACAGGUGUUCUGGCCGAGUGGAGGUGUAUUUUGAAGGCGUGUGGGGCACAGUGUGCGACGAUCUGUGGGACGAGAAGGAAGCGCAGGUCGUGUGUCAGCAGCUGGGCUGCGGGGCUGCCGUGUCCAGUCUGGGAGAGGCCUACUUUAGCCAGGGCUCUGGCCCCAUUCUUCUGGAUGAUGUGCAGUGCUCUGGGACCGAGGUCUCCCUGGGGCAGUGUUCUCACGCUGGCUGGUUCAUCCACAACUGUGGGCACGAGGAAGACAUUGGUGUCGUCUGCUCCGACUGGCCACAGCUGCAGCUCACGAAUGGGUCAGGACGAUGCUCCGGGAGAGUAGAAGUUUUCUAUCAUGGCCAGUGGGGCAGAGUUUGCGAUGACCAAUGGGACUUGCGUGAAGCCGCUGUGGUCUGCCGACAGCUGAACUGUGGGCGUGCCCUUGAAGCCCCAGGCAAGGCGCGAUUUGGUGAUGGUUCAGGAGAAUUUCUACUGGAUGAGAUGGACUGUGCUGGGACAGAGAGUUUUUUGGGACUGUGUCCUCAUGCUGGCUGGCACCUACAUAACUGUGGUGCUGGAGAAGAUGCCAGUGUCAUCUGUGAAGGGAAUGACCAGGAGCUGGUGGCAAUGUCACAAGGUGACAGAAAUUCUGCAACCAUAUUAUCAGUUCUUCCUGCUGCCAUCUCAGCUCAGCCAUAUUCUAAAGUUGCCUCAAGUUCUACUGCAUCGGUUCUACCCGUGGUUGACUCGGCACCUGCUAGUCGAAGAGCGUAUGUGCCCAGGCUCAGCCUCCAAGGUGCUGACAGUUCACCAGACUCCACUCCAGUAGAAGAUCCCGAGUCACACAGACUGUCAGGAGGCUGGAUCCCUUUGCGACUGGCAGGCAACCAUGGGAGAUGUGCAGGCCGUGUAGAACUCUUCUACCAGGGAGUCUGGGGGACUGUGUGUGAUGAUCUCUGGGAUCUCCCAGAAGCAAACAUCAUCUGCAGACAGCUGGGGUGUGGCUGGGCUGUUUCAGCCCUGAGUGAAGCUUACUUUGGGGAAGGUUCUGGGAAGAUUCUCCUUGACAAUGUGCAUUGCAAGGGACAUGAGGAGCAUCUGGAGGAGUGCUCCCACAUUGGCUGGUUCUCCCACAACUGUGAUCACAGUGAAGAUGCUGGUGUCAUCUGUUCAGAUGCUGAAUUUGUUACGAUGACACUACCAGAAAGAUCUCGUUGCGGUGGUGUUAUUACCAGGGCACCUGGAAAAAUUAAGAACCCCCCAAUGAAUGAAAUGCAUGACAACAUUACCUGUGUGUGGGAAAUCAGGGCAAGUCCCUCUGACCGUGUAAGGCUGGCAUUCCCAUCUCUUGACCUUGACUGCACCAAUGAGUAUUUUGAAAUCCUGGAUGGCCCUCCAUCUUCCACGGAGUCCCUGGGGAAACCCUGUAGUGGGUUGCACAUCACCUUUGCCUCCCACUCCAGCUCCAUGACCCUUGUGUACUUCCGAGGCAUGAACAACAUCGGGAAGAAUUUCAUGGCUUAUUAUUAUUUUGAAGCCAAAGAGGUGACAUCGAAGACCCCAUAUCUGAUCACCAUCCCUACAGCAGCUUCCAAGAUGGUAACAGAAAAACCAAGGGACUGGCCAGAGCUACGGCUGGUGGGUGGCUCCAAUCGGUGCUCAGGGCGUGUGGAGAUCCUUCACCAGGGAGUCUGGGGCACUGUGUGUGAUGACCUGUGGGACCUGAAUGAAGCUGAGGUCGUAUGCAGACAGCUGGGGUGCGGUCAGGGUGUGUCUGCCCUUGGCAAGGCCUACUUUGGCCCUGGUUCAGGAGAUAUCUUUCUAGACAACUUCCAGUGUGCUGGGGUGGAGCACUUCCUGGGUCAGUGUGCCCAUUCCGGCUGGUCAGAUCACAACUGUGGCCACCAUGAGGACGCUGGUGUCAUCUGUUCAGAUGCUGAAAAACCUCUGUUGGAAGUUCCAGGUCAGUGGUAACGGCCAGAGAUUCGCCUGGUGGGUGGCUCCAGUCGGUGCUCAGGGCGUGUGGAGAUCCUUCACCAGGGAGUCUGGGGCACUGUGUGUGAUGACCUGUGGGGUUCAAAUGAAGCUGAGGUUGUAUGCCGCCAGCUAGAGUGUGGUCAGGCUAUUUCUAGUCUUGGUGAGGCUUACUUUGGCCCGGGAUCUGGAGACAUCUUCCUGGACAACCUUCAGUGUUCUGGGAUGGAGCAUUACCUAGGCCAGUGUCCACAUUCGGGAUGGUCGGAACACAACUGUGGCCACCAUGAGGACGCUGGUGUUAUUUGCUCAGAUUCAGAUGGCCUCCCUCCACCCAUGCCUCCAGGUCCUCCUCCAGCUUCACAGGAUCCAAUAUCAGGAGGAAGUAACUCUUGUGGAGGGGUCAUUUCCAGUCUCUCUGGUUCAUUUUCCAGUCCACGGUACCCAGAAAACUAUCCAACAGACAUCCAAUGUGUUUGGGAGAUCCAUGUAGAGAAAAACUUACGCAUAGAACUCAUGAUUCCGAAUUUGAACCUGGAAGAUAUCCUUGGAUGUCCCUAUGACUCAAUUGAGAUCUUUGAUGGCCCCAGAAUUGCAUCACUCUCCAUGGGGAAGUUCUGUGCCCCAUCAGCUGUGGUAUUUUUCUCCUCCUCAGACAUCUUGACUGUGGUGUUCCGAAGUGAUUAUAUGACAACAAAUACUGGUUUUUAUGCUUUUUUCAAUGCAGUUUCACAAGAUGGAAGGGAGUCAGAAGACAGACUAGUGCUGCGGCUGGCAGGCAGCUCUGGGCAGUGCUCAGGACGUGUUGAGGUCCUCCAUCAGGGGGCCUGGGGCACUGUGUGUGACGACUUGUGGGACAUGAAUGAAGCUGAGGUCGUGUGCAGACAACUGGGGUGUGGCCAUGCCGUUGCUGCUCCUGGAAGUGCCUACUUUGGCCCGGGCUCUGGAAACAUCCUCCUGGACAACAUUCAGUGUUCAGGAAAGGAGAGCCACUUCGGCCAGUGUCCCAGCUCUGCCUGGUUAGACCACAACUGUGGCCACCACGAGGAUGCUGGAGUUAUCUGCUCAGAUGCAGAGGUGACUCCUUCACCCCAAGAAGGAAGUAGCUCUUGUGGAGGAGUAAUUUCAAGUCACUCAGGCUCCUUCUCCAGUCCCUGGUAUCCUACGAACUACCCCACUGACCUGGAAUGCAUCUGGGAGAUACAUGUAGCUGAGAAGUUCAACAUAGAGCUGACGAUCCCAAGCCUGAAGCUAGAAGACAUUUAUGGGUGCCCUUAUGACUUUGUUGAAGUAUUCGAUGGAAAGCAAGUUGCCUCAUUGUCCAUGGGCAAAGUCUGUGCUGGGGCAGAACUCACAUUCCUCUCCUCUUCAAAUUCCAUGACAGUGGUGUUUAAAAGUGAUGCCAUGAUCACCAACACAGGGUUCUAUGCUCUGUACAACACUGUUCACCAAGAUGAAAGGCAGAAUGGUAUGGCCUUGAGACUGGUGAAUGGCAGUCACAGGUGUGAGGGCCGAGUAGAGAUCUUUUACAAUGGUACCUGGGGCACAGUGUGUGAUGACAGCUGGGACCUGACAGACGCCAAGGUGGUAUGCCAGCAGCUUGGCUGUGGUAAGGCCAUGUCAGCCCCAGCUGAGAGCUACUUUGAUGGCGGCGUGGGCCAUAUCAUGCUGGACGAUGUGCAGUGCAUGGGGGAUGAGGCCAAGGUGUGGCAAUGCACACAUCACGGAUGGUUCUCCCACAACUGUGGGCACCAUGAGGAUGCCAGCGUGGUCUGCUCAGGUAUUGAUGACACACCAAGUAGAAGACCAGCAGAUGAAGAUGUCCAGUGUGGUGGUUCGCUCACAAAUAGUUCAGGCUCUUUCUCCAGUCCUUGGUAUCCUAAAAAAUACCCCACCAAUGUGGUGUGUACCUGGGACAUACAAGUGGAUACCAGCGCUCACAUCAGACUUACCUUUGAAGUGGUCAAGAUAGAAAACUUCUACGGCUGCCCUUAUGACUUCAUCGAGAUUUUUGAUGGCCCACAAAGUGAAUCAUUUUCACUGGGGAGAUUCUGCUCAGAAACAAUCCCAGUAUUUACCUCUUCUUCCAGCCACAUGAGCGUGGUGUUCCACAGUGACGACAUUGUCACCAACAUAGGAUUCUAUGCAUCUUAUGAGUCUCUGUUGCAGGAUGAGAAAGACACAGAUGUGGCACUCAGACUAGCCAAUGGCAGCCACCCAUGUGAGGGACGUGUGGAGCUCUACUACAAUAGCAGCUGGGGCACAGUGUGUGAUGACAGCUGGGACCUGAGAGACGCCCAGGUAGUGUGCCGGCAGCUGGGCUGUGGUGGAGCUGUGGCAGCCAUUGGCCGAGCACAUUUUGAACGAGGCCUCGGCCCCAUUGUCCUGGAUGAUGUGGAGUGCAUGGGAACGGAGGCCAGACUGUGGCAAUGUCUGCACGGUGGCUGGUUUGCCCACAACUGUGGCCACCAUGAGGACGCUGGUGUCAUCUGCUCAGCCUCUCUGUCUCACCCAGCACCGCCAUUUCCUGUGAGUGAUAUGAUUUCAGCAUCAUCAGUAAAGCAUCCAGAGAUGUCCACAUCAGCAGGCCUGGACCUGCGGCUGGUGAAUGGUACAAGCACGUGUGAAGGCCGAGUUGAAGUGUACUAUGCCAACACCUGGGGGACCGUGUGUGAUGACAACUGGUCCAUAGAGGAUGCCCACGUGGUCUGCAGACAGCUUGGCUGUGGUCCAGCGUUAUCUGCCUUGCCAGGGACCAGUUUUAGCCCUGGGUCAGGCAGCAUCAUCCUUGAUGAUGUCAACUGCACAGGAAGGGAGUCUUCCCUGGCACAGUGCCCUCACAGCAACUGGCUCACUCACAACUGUGGGCACCAGGAAGACGCUGGUGUCAUCUGUGCAGCCACUUCAGCUCCUGAGGAACAUCCACAUGGUUUCCGACCAAUAGAUCUGCAGCUGGUGAGACUGGUCAACGGGAGAAGCCAGUGUGAGGGCCGCGUAGAAGUCUUCUUCAACGGGACCUGGGGGUCUGUGUGUGAUGAUCUUUGGGGCAUACAGGCUGCCCAAGUGGUAUGUCGACAACUGGGCUGUGGGGUGGCCCUGGCAGCCCCCAGGAGCAGCCUGUUUGGCGAUGGCUCUGGCCCUAUCUUCCUAGAUGAUGUGAGGUGCUUGGGCACAGAGACCAACCUAGGGUACUGCCGCCACCUCGGUCUGUCUGUGCACAACUGUGAUCACCAUGAGGAUGCAGGAGCCAUCUGUUCAGCUGUUAGCGCUGCCUCAGCUUUGACAGAAGUGGUUCCCACAGCUGGCCACCGCAUGAUCAGACUGGUGGAUGGAAAGAGCCGGUGUGAAGGGAGAGUGGAAGUCCACCACAAUGGCACAUGGGGCACUGUCUGUGAUGACCUCUGGGGAAUUGAGGAUGCCCAUGUGGUGUGCCGGCAGCUGGACUGUGGGGAGGGUGUCGACGCCCUUGGGAAUAGCCACUUUGGAGAGGGCGUGGGGAGCAUCUUCCUGGACGAUGUGCAGUGCCAGGGCAGUGAGACCUCGCUAGACCAGUGCCAGCACCAAGGCUUCUCUGUCCACAACUGUGGCCACCAUGAAGACGCCAGUGUCAUCUGCUCAGAAUCAGCCACAGAAAUGACAACUUCACCUGGUAAUAUUUCCUUCUUUACUGUUUUCUCUAAGUCUGUUCCUACCUCAAGCCCAGCUUCAGCUUUGGUCCUUGCAACUGGUAUCACUCCCACUUCAGUAGAAGCAACUCCCUCACCUGAUAAUGGCCUCUGCCCACCACACUGCACAGACGUGCCUUUAACCUCGGCAGAAGAGGAGACCUCCUCUGACAGAUCUUCAACCUCAACAGAAUCAAGGCCUCCGAAUGAUGCAUCUCCAGUCUCAGCAGAAGAGGAGGCACUCUCUGAUGCAUCUUCAUCCUCAGAAGAAGUGGAAACAUCCUCAGGUGUAUCUUCAUCAGCAGGAGUGACCUCCUCUGACACUUCUUCGACCUCAGCAGAAACAAGUUCUUCAAAUGAUGCAUCUUCAGCUUCCACAGAAGAUGCCUCUUCUGAUGUGUCUUCAACCUCAGCAGAAGUGGAGAGUGAAAAGUCAACUGAUGCAUCUUCAUCACCAGAAGAUACAUCCUCUGAUGCAUCAUCAGUCUCUGCAGAUGAUACCUCCUCCGAUAUUUCUUCAGCCUCAGCAGAAUCAAGCUCUCCAACUGAUAUUUCUUCACCCUCAGCAGAAGGAAAGAAUGGAGAGCCAACUGAUGCAUCUUCAGCCUCAGCCGAGGAGUCCUCUUCAGAUGCAUCUUCAGUCUCCACAGAAGAUACCUCCUCUGAUACUCCUUCAGCCUCAGCAGAAUCCAGCUCUCCAACUGAUAUGUCUUCAACCUCAGUAGCGGGGAAGAGUGGAGAGCUAACUGAUGUGUCUUCAACCUCUGCAGAAGAGACAUCCUCUGAUAUGUCUUCAGCCUCAGCAGAAUCGAGUUCUACAACUGAUAUGUCUUCAUCCUCAGCAGGAGAGAUGAGCUCCUCUGAUACUUCUUCAACCUCAGCAGAAGCAAGUUCUCCAAAUGAGUCUUCAACCUCAGCAGAACUGACCUCUCCAAGUGACACAGUUCCAACUUCUUUGACAAAAGUGACUCCAUCACCUGACUUGCCUCUGCGCCUGGUAGGCGGACGAAACCGCUGUGAGGGCCGGCUGGAGGUGCGGCACCAGGGAGUAUGGGGAACCGUAUGCGAUGACCGCUGGAAUAUCAAGAACGCCCGAGUUGUGUGCCGCCUCCUAGGCUGCGGCCACGCGCUGGGUGCCCCUGGCAGAAGCCGCUUUGGGGCAGGCACGGGCCCCAUCCUGAUGAAUGAAGUGCGCUGCUCCGGCAGGGAGGACUCUCUGGAGAGCUGUGCCCACGCUGGCUGGAUAAGGCACAACUGCCACCACUAUGAGGAUGCCGGUGUGGUCUGCGCAGGUCCAGCUGAUUCUCCUGUGCCCAAGGAUAAUGCUCAGCUGUCCUGUUUGCCUCACCUCUUCCAAGCCAUCAUUGACCGAGGCUAUCUCCGGAGAUUAGGCUACUCCUCCUGGGACAUCCAUUUAAAUGAUCAGAUGUGUCGCCCCCAAGUCACUGGGCGUUACCUCAUCUUCAAUAUUCCUUAUGGCCACUGUGGCACCGUUAGGCAGGAACAUCAAGGCUCUCUCAGCUACUCCAAUUCCAUCAGAGGCAGAACACAAGGCCACCCUGGCCGAGUCAUUGUGAGGCACAAGGUGCCCCAGGUCAAGUUCACCUGCAAAGUGGAUGGCCAGUCUGCAGUUGAGAUUGUGCACGGGAGUGACACUCAGAAGGACGACGUCGGCUAUGAUGUAUCAAUUGCAUUCCUCCAGUCACCUGAAUCUCAGAGUAUGGGGGUUGGAGGGCCUUCUCACACCCGUCAGAGGGAAGAGGUCUUCCUCCAGGCCACCCUCCACAGCCACAAUCCCAAUCUGAGGCUCAUCGUGGAUACCUGUGUGGCUUCUCCUGACCCCAGAGAUUUCACAACUCUCAAACAUGAUUUGAUCCAGGAAGGAUGCAUCAAAGACAAUUCCUACUCCAACCUUCAUAGCCCUGGGAAGAACGUGGCCCAGUUCAAGUUCAACGCCUUCAGCUUCCUCAAAAACUAUGAUGUGGUUUACCUGCAGUGUAACGUUGCUGUUUGCCGACUCGGGGACUACUCUUCCCGGUGCUCACAAGACUGUACAAGGCGGGGAAGGAGAGGCACGGGCUCUGCAGAGGUCAGGGAAGAGCAAACUGAGUAUUUCCAAACAGUGGGUCCACUGAAGAUCCACAGAGCAGGUAAUCAAAGCGAGGCCCUGGGGUGAUCUCUCUCGCUCUCGCACGAGUGUGUCAGGAAACCGGAAGCAAGGUCUGAUUCUUACCAGGAAGCACUGUUUGGUCACUCGGAAGACACGCAUCGACCUCACUGUCUACACUAUCCAUUUAGAUGGGUGGAAAAACCCAAGGGGAUGCUUCUCUGGGGUUUGUCACUAAAUAAUCCUGAGCAACUGCAAACAGGCAGUUGCUCUGUUUGCAGCCAAAAGAAAAAAGAAAAAAGAAAGCUGAUUUUGUUGUUCUUUGCUCUUAAGAAGUUGAUCAUUGUCUUAAAAUGUACAAAACAUUAGAAAAAGCAAGGUUCUCUCUUUACCCCGUGGGCAGUUAAAGAUGGUUUUUAAAUGUCUACUUUGGGUGCUGAUAGGUGGGUGGGCCUCUAUCUGUUCUUCUGGAAAUGUGAAAAUUCAUUACCAGAUCUUGCAAGUAAUCUUGUAAAAAAAAUAAAUCAUUUUCCAGGAA